UGUUUAUACAGUGUACGUUGUCGUCGCUUUUUCGCGACUCAAAACCCAUGCGGUUUGAACGCCAAACAAACAACUCGAGCGAUUCAAAAAGGGCCAGGAAUAAAAAUAAUUUGGAAUGCUCGGGGCAGAUUGAUCAAUGGGUCGUAACUAAGUAUUUUGAAAGGCAGUCUAGCAGAACAGUUCCGGUCCGUUUGUAGUGACUUGUUACACCACUGCUAUCGACACUUGGUUAAUCACAAAUAACUGUUUUCUUCUGUUUUCAUCCUACUUCAAUUUUCAGAAAAUAUACAAAUAGUUGUUGGAAAUCUCACUGGAAUUCAUUUCAAAGCUACCAGGUUGCCCUAUUUCAGACGAUGAAUAGACUUCUGAUAUUGAGGAUCCGUGGAUGAAAAUAGGCCUAUUUUAAACUCGCUCAUCUAUCAACUUGUGUAAAUAUCGUGAGUUCUAAUAAGACCAACAAAUUUAUAGUUGUAAUUAUCGUUUGCUGUUCUAAGAAAGUGCCUAAGAUGUUAAUGGGUUGUAUAAUGGAUCAGGAAAUGUCAGCACUCAAGUGCCGUUGCAUAGUAUUAACUCGAUAAUACAGACAACACUUAGCGCAUCACCAAAUACAUUUGCAAAUUUGUACAGGGCGGCAUUCCUGACAAGAUACGCAACUGCGGAACAAGAUACAUACAAUAUGACACAGGCCAAAUCAACUCAAUAUAUGUUAACCAAUCAGGGGAAGCGGAAUCAGUCGCAAGAUGGAACUCUUAACAAUGGUGCAGAUAGGUCUACAAUGCGAUCAUCAUCGUCUGCAAUUUUAAGACGUGGAAGUGCACCAGAUUUGUGUGAUCGUCUCUUGCCACCAAUUGAUGAUGGCAAAACAAACCGAUCAUUUAGUCCACUGCAAUCGUCAUACUCACCUAUAGCAAACCAAACAGGCUUAGUACCUUUUGAAAGAAAAAUUAACCAUAAUAAUGCAAACUUAUUCUCAAAGUAUUCUCCAAGACUAUCAGCAUGUAGCAUAAGCCUGUCAAGUGAAGCUCUGUCACGGAACUCGUCGAAUCCAAGCAUUGUUAAUCAUACAUUGGCGGGGCAAGCUAAUUCUACCAAUGCCAGUCCUAACUACAGAGCUGCUUCGUUGACGGGGUUAUCCCCCGUUCCCCCAGAUCUUGUAACAACACGAAAUCAUGGAAUCCCUGAAAUAAAAACACUGAAACAAACUCCAAGUCUCGUUAGACGUAGACAUGUGUCAGAGAAACAUAGCAGCAAUUGUAAGAAAAAGGAAUCCUGUAACAACCACGGCACAUAUGUUGGCUUAAAGAAAUCUAACACGGAGACAAAUAUACUAAAUCACCGUCUAAGAAAGAACACGACGCCAAAAUUAAGAACACUGCCAACCACUACGUCCGAUUCACAAUUGACUCCAGCAACGCUUCAAGGAAUUAAUAACUCUCAGUAUGACAAUGAAAGCAAUUCCUCUGAUCAGAAUGACACAAGAAUUAUCGAAUGGCUUCUAGGCGUCGAGACAAACUCAGUAAAUUGGAAAGACGGUGCCGGCCAUGGUAGUGAAAAUGACGGGGAAAAUAAUAAUAUACAAGAGACAGCUAUUAGGAUUGUCUAUGAAGACCCUUAACCUUUAUUAUAUGAAGACUAACAUACCAUUGUUUUCUGAUUCUAAAAUAGGUGAUUCUCAACACCUCGAGAAAGAGUAGUUUUAGUGCUGGCAUCAUAAAAUCAAAUCUAUUAUAAAUGAAAAAUACGUCAUACACAUUUACAUAGCAUGUAUACGAUUAGAAUUCUGUAAGAUAACGAGGACCAAACUUUAAUUUAGGCAGACAUUUUUUUGGUAAAACCAUGUCAUUAAUAAAGUUCAUCCACUGUAAGCAUUGGUCGUCCAAUUUAUAACGGAAUGGAAUUACAUUUUCUUAGUCUGUAACCGACUAUCGAUCUGUGAGAUGAUUUUUUUUUUAUGAGUGGCUUGUUUUAUCACCAGGCAUUUUGCCAAAUUGUAACGUUGCGAACUGUUGCUCUCGCAGGUGUUGGAACUAGUGUUAUAAUAUCCAAUUUAGGAACUAGGUCAAUACUAAAAUUUCUUCAGAAGACCAUAAAAAACCUCAGCAAACCAAUAACUCUCCUUAUCUCGGAUUUUGAAUAUGACUAUUGCCUUUAUUUGCACAUAUUAUUAACAAAUACAAAAACUCUACAAGAAAUGAAGGAGCAAAGGAUAUUAUCAGUCAAUAAAAAACUAUAACAAUAACAACAAUUUGGACUUAGUGAGGAUGACAACCAUAUGUUUUUUGAUUGUAUACAUUUAAACAUAUUUUGGAGAAAGGUUAGUAGGGUUUUACGAAAUGUAAAACAUGUUAACACAUCAUUUAGGAACCUUGUGCUUGGUACGGAAAAUAUAUUGUAGAUUUUAUUUACACCGUAGCAGCCUUUACGAUUUACAAAGAGAAAAUACUAUCGGAGUUGAAUAAAACAAUUUUUAAAUCACUUUGGAGUUCAUUUUAAAACAUGACAUUUUAUUGAGAUUAAAAAUAGAAUUAUAUAAUAACAAAAAUAACGGAACACAAAAUAUUGAAAUGUUGAAGGACAUUAUUUUAAAAAUGUAGAUAUUACGAAGCUAAAUAAUUGAUGAAAAUUAGCCUAAUUGUGAACAAAUAAUUAUAUUUUAUAGAGAAUACCUUAACGUUUAAACAAAAUGAAGAGUGCAUGACCUACCUGUUUAUUUAUUCUUUUGUACUUUUUAGAAGAAAGAAAUAUUUUUGAAACUUGAAAAAAAGGUACUUGCAUUGUAAUGAAUAAAAAUCACGUGGUCAUUUUUUGUAGGCCUAUAUUUUGUUGCAAAAUGUGAAGAAUGGAAAUAAAGGUGGGAGAUACCCACAAAAGAGAAAAAAAAA